AUGUCUGUGCGUGGCAUCCGUAUAUCUUCCCCUAGGGGGCCAGACCUUUCGCCUCGAGCUACUGGGGGCGCUCUGGAGGCCUCCUUUGGUGUCGGAGGCUUAGGAUUUGCAGCGCUUAAUCAGAAUUCUCGUUGCAUUGUUGCGGCAACCCGACGAGGGUUCGUUGUGUACAGCACGGAGCCUUUUAAAAAGACGUUCCAAAGAGAUUUGAUUCCGGCAAAUGAAGAGGGACUGGAAGAGGAGCUGCCAUGCAGCAUUGCAUUGGUGGAGAUGCUCUAUACGUGUAAUAUCUUAGCUGUCGUUGGGAGCGGGAAUGAUGAGCUAUGGCAGGAGAAUGUGUGUGUGCUAUGGGAUGAUCGACAAGCGCGUUCGAUUGUCGAGAUGCGAUUCGCCACCCGCAUUAUAGGGGUCACCAUGCUCCGAGAGGCCCUACUGGUGGUCCUUGAGAACAAAGUCUGCAUCUAUUUGCUACGCGGCCUCUCCCUAGUUGACUCCGUGCUUACGGCACCGAACCCCUCAGGUCUAUGCGUGGCGGCUACCACUGCCACUAGCACUCAAGAGCAACAAAAGCAGACGCUCGUCGUUGCAUGCCCGGCGUUGCAGAAGGGCACCGUGCAGGUUCUGUUCUAUCUCGUUUCUGCCGAUGACUCCCAAGGGAUGCCGGCUGAGGCUGAAGGAACGGAGGCGGAGUCUUCCCUCAUACAAAGCAUCUCUAUCUCUGCUCACGAGAACGACUUAUGCUGCCUCUGCCUUAGCCAGGACGGCUCCUUGCUGGCGUCCGCUUCCGUGAAAGGCACGCUGGUGCGGAUAUUUUCUUCUGCGUCGGGGCAGCUCCUCAAGGAAGUCAGAAGGGGGGUGAAUCCGGCCCUAAUCACUUGUCUCUGCAUCAGCCCUUGUAACGGCUUGCUAGCCGUCUGCAGCAACACUGGCACGCUUCAUUUGUACCGGCUAGGAGACGGAGAAGCAGCUGCAGCGCCGGUUGCUGCUGCAGCUGCUGUGACCCCUGCUUCUGCCGCAGCUGCAGGAGCAGCAGCUCCCACAUCCACCUGGAUUACGAGCAGCAGCAGUGCAACAAGGGAAACAGUUGCCUCCUCAACGAGCUACAACCCCGCUGCUGCUGCUGCUGCUGCUGCUGCUGCUGUUGCAACCGCGGGGGAUGGCAGCAUCGCCCCCAACAACAAUGGGAAUGCAUCGGGAGGAAGAAACGUUAAGAGCUCUUGGCCCUUCCUCUCCAAGAUCUCCCCCUACUUCCAGUCGGAGUGGAGCAUGGCACAAUUCAAGUUCCACUUUUCGGAGAACUUCGCAGCGGUCUGCGCUUUUGGCCAAGAGCCCCAAAGCAUCUUAGCCCUCACUGCAGACGGCUGCUUCUACAAACUGAAGUAUGACGCAAAUCACGGAGGCACCAUGGUGAGGUCCACCUUCUUGCGCUUAGCCGCAGAGGACGGCGUUUAG